UAUGUCCUCCUGUACAUUCGGGACCGUCAGAUAACGGACCCGUCACGCGCCGACAGACCAGGAAAUCUCAAAUUUGUGCUCAACGUGUUGCUGGUAGAGUCAUGACCCUGAGACAAGCAAAUGGCUGCAAACAGCUGACCUUGACCAUAAGCCUGACACUGACUCUAGGACUGCUCCAAUGGCCAGUAGGAGAUGUUAGUGGUCAGGAUGGACUGUCUCCUACUCAAGUCCUUCAGGAGCUGCUGACACGCUAUGGUGACAACACCAGCAUCUCUGUCCCUCAGCUCCGAUCGCUCCUCAUACGGUUAAAUGGAGGGCUGAGUGGAGACCAUGAUGCACAAACACAGCCCACCAAAACCAAUGGAUCUAAGUGCUUGGCUGCAGACACUCUGGCAGCGUAUGGGAUGAGCGAACAGUCUCGUAUAGAUGAACGAGGCCUGCAGGAGAUCUGCCCUACCAUGAUACAGCAGCUGGACUCACAAGCAUGCAAGACCCAACAGGACCAAGAGUCCGAGAUCAGCCCCAGACCCACUUACGCUGAGGUGUGGGGUUACUCAAUUUUGAGUGUGACUCUGGUUAGUGCAUUCGCUUUGACCAGUGUUUUUGUGGUGCCCCUGAUGAGGACGCGGUUCAUGCGCAGAGUUCUCAUCUAUUUCAUCGCGCUGUCCAUCGGAACGUUGUUGUCCACUGCCAUCCUACAGCUCCUGCCUGAGGCCUUUGGAUUCGACCCUAUGGAGGAUUAUUACGUGUCCAAGUCUGCUGUUGUGUUUGGAGGAUUUUACCUGUUCUUCUUUACAGAGAAAGUCCUGAAGAUGAUCUUAAAGCCAAAGGACGGGGGAGGGCAUGGCCACGGCCACAGUCACUUCCCCGCAGAGCGCUAUGCCAGCUCUAAUGGUGACUUGGAGGAUGGUGUGAUGGAGAAACUGCAGAACGGAGAGGCUGGAGGAGCAUCUUUACCCAGAGUGGAAGGAGAUGUCAGAGGGGUUGGAGAAGACGACAAAAUGCUGAGUACUGGGCAGACAGUACAGGACUCUCAGAGUUCAGGUGGUGCUGGAACGGGUGGAUGUUAUUGGCUGAAGGGCAGGGCAUACUCUGACAUCGCUACUCUGGCGUGGAUGAUCACUUUGAGUGACGGUCUCCAUAAUUUCAUAGAUGGUUUGGCUAUCGGAGCCUCCUUCACUGCUUCUGUGUUCCAGGGCAUCAGUACAUCAGUGGCAAUUCUGUGUGAGGAGUUUCCACAUGAGUUGGGUGAUUUUGUAAUCUUGUUAAAUGCUGGCAUGAGCAUCCAGCAGGCGCUGUUCUUUAACUUCCUGUCAGCGUGCUGCUGUUAUCUGGGCAUGGGCUUCGGCAUUCUGGCUGGAAACAACUUCUCACCUAACUGGAUCUUUGCUCUAGCCGGGGGCAUGUUCCUCUACAUUGCACUGGCUGAUAUGUUUCCAGAGAUGAACGAGGUGAGUCGUGAGGAAGAGGAGGCCGGAGGAAGUGGCUGUCUGGUCACUUUCGCCAUCCAGAACGCAGGACUGCUCACAGGGUUUGCCAUCAUGCUUAUACUCACCAUCUACUCUGGACAGAUACAGCUUGCAUAGCAGAGGACCUAAAUACAAACUCGGACCCUGAGGGACUAACUCAGCACCUGGACUCAAACCUGAGACCUACUGGGACCCCCAGACUUAAAUAUGAGCCAGCUGUGCUGGCUUGUUUUAAAACGUUUGCCCAGCUGGACUAGGUCAUGGCAUAAAUUGAAAUGAUAUGGGCUCAAACCCUAGACUGUUUGAAUGAAGCUAGAAUUGACUGACCUGUGAAUUCGUCCAAAUCCCAGACCUGUGGAUGGAUGGAUGCUUUACCAUUCAUCUAGUUUAGGCCUUCUCUCGUUCUUUUGCCACAAAGCUUUAGGACACAAUGAUGUCCCUGUACUGUGUGGUUUCCAGUACCCUUACAUACACAUCUUGGUAUAUUUGUAUUGAUUUCUAAUGUUAUUUUUGUUCUUUCUCUCAGAGACAGACCACCUUUGUAUUCCUGACCAUGAGGAUUAGAGUAUGUCCACUGACUGACAUGUUACAGAUGAGAUAAAACUUGACUUAUUUUACUGACAUUUAGUCAAAUGCAGGUUGUUUCCGAUGCUUCAAACCAAAUGGUUUUGUUUAUUCAAUAGAAAAAUUCUAAACAAAAAAGACCAGUUUUUCCAAUCUUAGUGACAAGAUAUAUAGAUAUACUGUAGGCUUGUUAGUUGACACUCAUUCUAUUAAGCUGAACUAAGUAGGUCACUUUAAUCAAAGGUUACUCUGAACAGUU